AUGACCACACCUAGUCUAGCUGAGUAUGAAGUAUUGACUGAUAACGAAUCUAUCAAAGGUGAUGAUUUAUUGUCUGAUUGCGGUGGAAGGUGUAGUGAGCAUAAUACUUUGUCUGAAGAAGAAACCGAGUCUGAUGAAGAGGACGCUACUGAUUCUAAUUCAAGGACGCUGUUCAUUUCGACAGUACAUGCCAAAAAGCCAGCUAAGUAUGGAAUAAAGAUUUUCGCUCUUGUUGAUGCAAGAACUUUCUUUACGUGUAAUUUAGAAGUUUAUGCAGGUACUCAGCCCCAAAGCCCGUAUCAUGUAAAUAAUUCAUCAGUUGAAGUCGUCAAAAGGUUAACAGAAAAGUUAAAUUCAGGAAGAAAUGUAACAGUCGACAACUGGUAUACUAGUUAUGAACUUGCAAAGUAUCUCCUUCACAAAAACAUUACUCUAGUGGGCACCAUAAGAAAGAACAAGAGGGAACUACUGAAAGAGUUUGUGAACAGUAAAAAUCAUAAGGUGCAUUCAUCUUUGUUUGCAUUCCAGAAAGACAUGACUUUAGUCUCGUAUGUUUCUAAAAAAAUGACGAAAGGAGCAGUUGAUGUGGUGGACCAAAUGUCAGCAGCGUAUUGA